AUGGACCGCAAUGACGAAAAUGAUGGGCAGCCAGCGAGAAUACCACAGCAGAGGAGUUCUGUUCCAUCAUUUCUGUUCCUAAUAUUUAUGCUCUUCAUACUCACGAAUCACACUGGGGAUGAAUUUCUCGCUCGAAAUCAUUACCAGGAUGCCCUUCAAUCCCUCAACUACCAGCUGUCAAACUUCACUGCUUGGCUGAAUGGGACAGAGUCUAACUUUACAAUGCCAGACAGGAAUGCCGCUGCCUCUCCUCUUGUAGGGUCAUUCAUGUCUUUUGGGUCUCAUCUCAAUUCGCAGUGGGCGUCUUAUUUUUCGAAUGUGACCGGAUUUGCACACGGCGAGAUCGACUUCUUCAAUAUCACCCCUCCCAGCCUUGAAUCCGCAACCUAUCCCUGGAGAACACAUGCUGAGACGUUCAUGGGCGACACUAACAUGACAGAUCUCGUCGGUCACUUCGGAUCUUGGAAUUGGACUGGCUCGGACAAGAUUUCAUGGAGUAUAAUGGAUCGAGCUCCAAUCAGCGUGAAAGGUGUUACCGAGAAGAUCGCCAUGGUUCACGGCAGAAUUGAUGUCCGUCACCCCGCCACUUCCGAUGAUAUGAAGCUGGAUUUUGAAGGCGUGCACUUCCUCGCAAAUGGGUCAAUAUAUGGCUUUGCUGAACCCACCGGUCGACAUAUUGACAUCCGCUACAUCCCCGCCUUUGUCCCAGAAGCUUUCCAGAAUGACACUGCUCGAACAAUAGAACCUGAAUUGAUGUCUAGAAUUAACAAGGUGAAAGAUAUGAUUGAUGCGGGUGUUAUCGACCAGGACUCGACCAAUGGGGAAUCGCAAGGGGGUUGUGCGUUCAGCGUUUACGCGCAAAUUGCGCCAUCCGAGAUACCCGCAGAGGAUAUGGAGGACCUUGAAGACGAAUUACAGAAACCAACGGGGAGAUGGACAGUGAAACGUCCGCCUCUCAAGCUCAAUGGUGUGCUUUUGAGUCGAGAAUGCGGCAUUUUAUACAACUUGCAUGACGCGGAAGGAUUAAGGUCUCAGUUAUUCUUCCGGAAGGUUGCCACAUAUGCUGGUAUCUCAGCUUUUGUGUACUUGGUACAGUUACUACUGCUCUCUCGUCAAGUUGACCGAAGCCGUACUCCUGCUGGAUUGUCUCGUGUGUCCGUAUGGACGUUCCUUACACAAUCCAUUGUGGACUCCGUCUCAUUUGCUGGACAUAUUACUUUUGCCAUUAUUGCUAAUGGGCGUCCUUCCUUAUCGCUUGUGGCUCCAGCAUUCGUUGCCUGCGUGCUUUUUGCUUUUGAAUCACAACAUGCCAUUCUCAUUAAUCAGGUUCAAGCUCCAGAGGAUGCGGUGGUGCCGCCCCCUCCCCGGCCAGUACAACAGGAAUCAUCACUGCCUUCUCAAGCUGUGCCCACACCGAUAACAGCUCCUCCUCGAUCUACUGGCCCGACAUUCUCAAGUUUAUUGUUCCGACACAUUCGCUCUGAUCCCCAAGCACGGAUAUGGCUAGGAAUGUUUUUCUUCCUAACAUUCAUCGUCCGAGUCAUCGUGACUCCUUCGCUAGCGCUGGUAUUUGUGGCGAGCAUGUACUCCCUUUUCUGGCUGCCACAGAUUAUUCGAUCGGUAAAGAAAGGCAGGAGCAGUGCACUUACUGCCGAAUACUUGAUUGGCACAUCACUCUGCCGACUUUUCCAUGCUCUUUACUUCUUGACAUGUCCAAAGAAUGUGCUCGACGUCGAGCCCCGCCGUUGGAUAUGGUAUCUUGCGAUAUUCAUCUUCUUACAAGUCGCCGUUAUACUGCUUCAGCAGCGUUUUGGGCCGGCGUUCUUCCUUCCGAAACGAUUUGCUCGUGCGCAAGUGCACGACUAUCAUCCAGCAUUACCGCUUUCUGCCGCUGACCCAGAAGCACCUGACGAAUCUCUUGGGGACUGUGCUAUUUGCAUGGAGGCUAUUCAUACCGAAGAUGAGAAGCAGCUAGAGCAUGUUACUGGUGGAUUACUGCGAAAUGUUGGAGCAAGGCGAAGUUACAGUCUGGCUCCUUGUCAACAUCUAUUUCAUACGGAGUGCCUGGAGAAGUGGCUUGCUAUCAAGAAUAUUUGUCCCCACUGUCGUAGGCCCCUUCCGCCACUUUGA